UGAAACAAAAAACUGUUUGUAUUGUGACCACGGAAACAACUGAAAGCUAAAGGCGUGGGCCGUGUGCACGCCAAGAUCCAAGUCACGGUUCCACCGUUACUUCACGGAGACCUGAUGCCUCUGAGAUUCUCGUGACACAGCGGACUAACUAACCAAUCAGCAGACUUAUUUUUCCCGCGAAAGACCCUCAAGACUUAAAGGGACAGUUUACUCAAAAUUUUUCUCCCCUUUAAUUUGUUCCCAAUGAUCCACUUUACCUGCUGGAGUGUAUUAAAUUGUUUACAAGUAGCUCCUUUACCCUUAUAUUGGCAUUUGAAAUUGUUGAUUUAGCAUGUGGUAUCCCCACCUAUUCUGAAAGUUUGUGGCCGCGCGUACCAGCUAUAGAUAAGCUUUGUAAACACAGCCAGCAGAAGAAAUUACACUCCCAGUGCGAUAUAGCAGAGAUAAGGUUCACACCUGAUAUGCUGAGCAAAUGGUGGGCCACACCCUGACUCAAGUUGUUGCUACUGCAGCUCUGACAGCAGUAGGAAGCUACGUCGCCUAUCGCUGGUUGUACGCAGCCCCUCGAUUGGCUAUGGCUUCUCACAUAAAAGCACUGACGUCCCCAUAUCCAGGAUCCCAGGUGCAGCGCCGACUGGUUCCCUCACAGAAGGUCAGCUGGACAGCGGAGUGGCCGGAGUAUCACCCAGUGGAAUACACGGCUCCCUCUGUACUUUCCCAGCCGCCAUGGGCGGACCCUGCCCUGGGGAAGGAAGGAUUUCACCCUAAGUUUAAUGCCCUUGAUGGAUCAGUGCAGAGACAAAGUUUUACCGGAACUUACCAGGUGGAUAACGAGACCCCCAGGAACCCUGUGGGACGGACAGGAGUUACUGGCCGAGGGUUGCUAGGGCGAUGGGGACCCAAUCAUGCAGCUGAUCCUAUCAUAACAAGGUGGAAACGAGAUGCUUCCGGUCAGAAAAUAACAGACCAGAAAUCAGCAAAACCCAUCCUUCAGUUUAUAGCUAUUCAGAGGAAGGACUGCGGGCAGUGGGCUAUUCCAGGGGGUAUGGUGGAUCCCGGGGAGCUGAUAACCGCCACCCUUCGGAGAGAAUUCUGCGAGGAGGCUCUGAACUCCUUAGAGAAAAGUGGGGAAGAGAAAUGUACAGAAGAGAAAAUUAACAACCUCUUCUCUCAGGAGUAUCUACUGAUAUACAGAGGUUAUGUAGAUGAUCCUCGGAACACUGAUAAUUCUUGGAUGGAGACACAGGCUGUUAACUACCAUGAUGAAACAGGACACUUGCUGGACCUGUUGCCCCUGGAGGCGGGUGAUGACGCCGGCAAAGUGCAGUGGGUAGAUGUGAGCAGCAGUUGCAGUCUUUAUGCCAACCAUGCCAACUUCAUACAGAUCCUGGCAGAGAAAAGAGGGGCACACUGGGCAUGAUGUGACCCACCCUGAGCACCAAAUCAUGACAGCAAAGGGAACCGUCUUUUUUUUUUUAUUUUUGGUUUGGACAUAAAUACAUGAUAUUGUUGUUUUGUUUCGUUUUUAAGAGGUCAAAUGAGGUUGUACAGCACAUACAUUUGUUUUAAGGGUGUAAUAUGAAAGGUGAGACGCUGUCACGUGGGCGAGAACUUUUAUUGGAAGCUGGAUGUGGUUCUACCUUUGGAACAUAAUGAAUAAUAAAAGUGGUCAUUAAAACACA